AUGAAGAGUGGAGAAGACAACAAAAAGUCACUGACCUGGUUGAGAGUUCAGUCCGAAACUCAGAGAGGAGAAACCCGGGGGGGAGACAGCCCACCGCUUGCGGUCAUUAUCGCCUCAGAGAACAGAGUGUGGGGGAGCCAGCCCCGGCGCAGUGUCAGAAACCAGGAGAUCCAAGAGCCGAGGAGGUAUCCAGGGAGAAUCCAAGCCAAGGUUGGUGGACCUUUGUUGGGGCUGGUGGGCGUGCGGCGGGCCAGCGGCUCGGUCAGGUUCGACAGUGACGGCAGUGGCCGGCCAGUGACCUGGGACUCAUUUGGUAUUUGGGACAACCGUGUAGAAGAACCAAUAUUACUGCCUUCAAGUAUCCGUUAUGGAAAACCCAUUCCACAGAUCAGUCUGUCUCGGGUUGGCAGCGCGUCUGUUUUGGGUCUCCGGAAAGAGAAUGAGGACAGACUGCGUAUUGCCCGUAUUGAUGACAGCCUGCUGUACUUCGCCGUAUUCGAUGGCCAUGGCGGCCCACACGCUGCCGACUACUGCUGCACCUUCAUGGAGAAGUUCAUCAGAGACGCUUUGGAGGAAGAACAAGAUCUUGAGAAAGUUUUACAGAAAGCCUUUAUAGAUGCUGAUAAAACUUUACACACACACCUAAGCUUCUUCAACAAUGAAUCAUUUCUGAAAUCAGGCACAACAGCAACAGUCGCUUUGCUGCAUGAUGGGAUAGAGCUGGUGGUCGGCAGCGUCGGUGAUAGCCGGGCGAUGCUGUGCAGGAAGGGACAUGCCAAAAAGCUCACCAAAGACCACACACCAGACCGCAAAGACGAGAGAAAACGGUAUUGAGUCAUUUCUUUUACU